CAAGAGUUUUGUUCAACCAUCAGACUGUGAGCGAAAGCACAGAAGCCUUAUUCCGCCUAAAUGGAGGAGCCAGUGAGCCGGCGGAACGCACUGCACUGUCCCGUCUGUAAAAAGCUCUACGCUAACGGUACCAACUCCCGAGCUAAAAGCAAGCACAUCUCAUAUUGCCGCAAAAAAUACCAAUCAGGCCCCCUGCCUAGAAGGAAGGCCUGUGAUGAAUGCGCGCGGUCUAAGGUCCGCUGCAGCUCAGAUCCUGGAGGCUGCUCUCGCUGCGCUUCAAGAGGCGUCUCAUGUACUUAUCAAGGCACCUUGAACGGCCAAAAUAUCACCGGCGUACCCCUUGUGGACAUUCCGCCCCAGUCUUCGAACGACUUUAGGCCCGGCCUCGACAGUCCUUCUAUCGGGACUGAAGAGACACCCGGAAACAGCUAUCUUUCCCCCACAACCUUUACUUGGGAUAAUGACAUAUUCAGACCUGAGUGGUCAUAUGUGUCUGACCUAACGACUGACUUAGGCGAAGGCUAUCCUGUCGGAUCUCAUGUUGAUGCCUCUAGUAUCAGCGGCGAGUUACAAUCUGCGUCAAAUGCUAUAACUUUCUCAGAGCAAUCACUUCAAGCAUCGUCUUCAAUUCCAGCAUCGCUGGCCUAUCGAGAUCCUUCCUCGUUGUUUGAACGGCGCAAGUUCUCAGAACCAGAGCAUGAGCUUACUAGCGACCUUGCCCUGCACAUCCUGCGUUCCUACCCGUACAUGAUAGCCAACCAGGAUUCUGUUCCUCCUUUCAUCCACCCGAAAUAUCGGUAUCUGUCUGAGAGUGACACGGCAUGUCCGAGUCCUCUCGAUGCUGCCCUGAAACUAGCGAAGAUGCUGCUGCAUGGCCGACGAAUGAAUAAGAGCUUGAUCUGGGGACUGAUUCGCAUAGAACAGGAGCGGCUGCUCAACGAGCACCCCAACUUUAGCAAGUGGGAGGUUUUGGAGGCGCUGCAAUCUCUCGUCGUCUAUAUCCUCCUGAGGAUUAUUGAGGGACGCCAUGACUACACCAACUUUAGUACCCAGCUUUUGGCUUCAAUUAAGGCAAUAUGCACGCAUAUCACCACAAAAUUUGGGAAUCUCAUCAGCUCUGAUGAACUUACGGGUCAAAUGAUCCUGUGGAAGGACUGGGUAUUUUUGGAAUCGCGUCGUCGAACUGCAACUGCCGUGCUCAUUAUAAACAGCAUUAUACACGCACAAAUUACGACACCGUCUCCAACCAUGCCCAAGUAUUCCUGCUCUCCUGCACCGUCCCCUAUGAUGUUGUGGAAUGCCGAGAACGAGAUGGACUGGACAGUCGACUAUGCAGAACACCUACAUAAGAAUGCCGUGCAUGGCAUGCUCAGAAACGGCGACCUUGUUGAGUUGAAGGAAGCUGCCGGAAAACAACACGACAGGUGGUAUGCUUACGCCGACUCGUUUGGCCUUCUAGUUACGUUAGUGUCAAACAUGGUCAUUUAGAGAAGCAACUUUGCUGUGUAAUGCGAAAGGUGCGAUUGUCAUAUUACUUCAAACCCGA